GAGCCACUCUGAUCACGUGCCUCGACUCCCCGCCGCCCAACGAGUUUUUCGUCCAAGGCUGCUGCUGUGGUUCCCAAGCUGCCUUUGAAAACAACAUCACUCCCCCCACUCAUUCUUGCAACCUGACCACAACCACCUCUCCCACUGCCUCCAGAACCUCGAAAAAAAGCUGACUCCUCGUCGCACUUGAUCACCACCCAUCCACACAUCCACACGACAUGGCUGAGGCGCCCCAGAUCCCGACCUUCAAGCUGGUCCUCGUUGGCGAUGGUGGUACCGGCAAGACCACCUUCGUCAAGCGCCACUUGACUGGUGAAUUUGAGAAGAAAUACAUGGCCACUUUGGGUGUCGAGGUCCACCCUCUCGGCUUCAGCACCAACUUUGGUCAGAUUCAGUUCGACGUGUGGGACACUGCGGGCCAGGAGAAAUUUGGCGGUCUCCGUGAUGGCUACUACAUCAACGGCCAGUGCGGCAUCAUCAUGUUCGAUGUCACGUCCCGCAUCACCUACAAGAACGUCCCCAACUGGCACCGUGAUCUCACCCGUGUCUGCGAGAACAUUCCCAUCGUUCUCUGCGGCAACAAGGUCGACGUCAAGGAGCGCAAGGUGAAGGCCAAGACCAUCACUUUCCACCGGAAAAAGAACCUCCAGUACUACGACAUUUCGGCCAAGUCGAAUUAUAACUUCGAGAAGCCCUUCCUCUGGCUCGCCCGCAAGCUCGUCGGCAACGCUGCUCUGGAAUUCGUCGCCGCCCCUGCAUUGGCUCCCGCCGAGGUGCAGGUCGAUCAGAACCUCAUUGCACAGUACGAGGCUGAGCUCCAUGCGGCCGCUGAGGCGCCCCUGCCCGACGAUGACGAGGACCUUUGAGCGGCUCCAGACCAGGCAGCUCGGUCAGUACAUUGAAUGUGGUUCAGGAUUGGUAAUGCCCGUUAUGAAAGGAUAAGAUACAUCUCCCGAGGCACGCACAGAUGGCAAGUACAGGCAUUUGGGACGGACAUUCGGGGGAACACGUAUGGGUGGGGCUUCGAGGGAAGGCAUCGAUUUGGGAUUUUUGAUGGGGGGAAUGGAGCGGCGGCGGCCAACAUGUUUCCUCUCAAGGUUUGGUUGACCCCAGACGCAAGUCAGCCAGAUCACGCAAAGCUAGAUCUGAACAACACUGCUGCAUAAAUUGCGGCCCUAGGUAGAUCAAUAUCAGACGUCAGUCUCACUAAG